UCCGGCCAUAAAGGGGAGCCGGCAUCGCGGCCGGGCCAACGAGGGGGCGGGGCGCCCUGCACCGAUCGCGACAGGCGACAGGCGGAGGCGACAGCCGCCACCAUGAGCAGCAAAUUCGACGUGGUCGUCGUCGGGGGAGGCAUCUCAGGUCUGUCAGCAGCCAAGCUGUUGACUGAAUCUGGAAUAAGUGUUGUGGUUUUAGAAGCCCGGGACAGAGUUGGAGGAAGAACUUAUACUGUGCGGAAUAAAGAAGUUAAAUAUGUGGAUGUUGGUGGGGCGUACAUAGGACCCACCCAAAAUCGCAUCCUACGUCUAUCCAAAGAGCUGGGUAUAGAGACAUACAAAGUGAAUGUCACAGAACGUCUUAUUCAGCAUGUAAAGGGAAAAUCUUAUCCAUUCCGAGGUGCCUUUCCUCCAGUAUGGAAUCCCAUAGCGUAUCUGGAUUACAAUAAUCUCUGGAGAACCAUGGAUCACAUGGGAAAGGAGAUUCCACCAGAAGCCCCAUGGGAUGCACCUCAUGCUGAAGAAUGGGACAAAAUGACAAUGAAGGAGCUUAUUGACCAAAUCUGCUGGACAAAGACCGCGAGGCAAUUUGCUACUCUCUUUGUGAAUAUCAACGUGACCUCCGAGCCCCACGAAGUGUCCGCUCUCUGGUUCCUGUGGUACGUAAAGCAAUGUGGAGGCACCACCCGGAUAUUUUCAAUAACCAAUGGAGGGCAGGAGAGAAAGUUUGUUGGAGGCUCUGGCCUGGUGAGCGAAAGGAUAAUGGAACGCCUCGGAGACCUAGUGAAGCUGGGGAGGCCCGUAGUCGGCAUUGAUCAAUCAGGUGAUAAUGUCAUCGUGGAGACGCUAAACCAUGAGAUCUUUGAGGGGAGAUAUGUCAUCAGUGCCGUCCCUCCAAGUUUGACUGCCAAGAUCCAUUUCAGUCCAGAGCUGCCACCACAGAGAAACCAGUUAAUCCAUCGUCUUCCAAUGGGAGCGAUCAUUAAGUGUAUGAUGUACUACAAGGAGGCUUUUUGGAGGAAGAUGAAUUACUGUGGCUGCAUGAUCAUUGAAGAUGAAGAUGCUCCAAUUUCAAUAUCCUUAGAUGACACCAAGCCAGAUGAUUCCGUGCCUGCCAUUAUGGGAUUUAUCCUUACCAGGAAGGCACAUCGACUUGCUAGCCUUACUAAGGAAGAGAGGAGGAGGAAAAUCUGUGAGCUGUAUGCAAGAGUGUUGGGAUCAGAUAAAGCUUUGCACCCGGUGCAUUAUGAAGAGAAGAACUGGUGUGAGGAGCAGUACUCUGGAGGCUGCUACACCGCAUACUUCCCUCCAGGAAUAAUGACUCAGUAUGGAAGAAUCAUCCGCCAGCCGGUCGACAAGAUCUAUUUUGCUGGCACAGAGACCGCCACUCAGUGGAGCGGGUACAUGGAGGGCGCAGUGCAGGCUGGAGAGAGAGCAGCAAGAGAGGUUUUGCACGCCAUGGGGAAGAUAACAAAGAGUGAGAUUUGGAAGACGGAGCCAGAAUCCCAGGAUGUCGUAGCCCGACCAAUCACCACCACCUUCUGGGAAAGGAACUUGCCCUCGGUCCCCGGACUUCUGAAGCUCAUUGGAUUGUCCGCUUCAGCAGCAGCUGUAGGGUUGGUGGUCUUCAGAAGCCGGCUGCUCCAGCAAAACUGAGGCAUCUCCUCCGAUCUCGCUCUGUUAUUCCUUCCCGACACCAGGAAGCGGGGAACCUGGAAAAAAAUGAAAGCUGUAAUGCUGGACCCCAUUUUUGUGCACUGAUUUAACAAGCCAAUUUUAUGCUGAUCACUGUUCACGUAACCAAAAACUUCUCCCAAUCAGUCCCAAUAGAAACACGGUCGACUCGGCCCCUUGUCUGUGCCGAUUAAUUUGUGUCGCUUGAUAGAAUGAAGCCAUAGUGUCGAUUUUGGAACUUCUGGAAGUUAAGUGCCAAAUCCCUGUAGGAAAGAGUCAUUUCUAUAACCUGUUUACCUUUUUCUUAAAAAAAAAAUAUGGUUUAUGAAUAAAUUUUUAAACCUCUUUUCAGGAGUGGCUCCCUACGUUAAAGAUCCUGUCCUGAAACAAGGCUGGCCUGGUAGCUUCUUCUAGAAUAGCCAGGCUAACGCUCUUUUCCCACAGUGGUCGGGGAACAGCAAGGCAUGUGAGGGCCAGGUUUUCUGAUGGUUCCUGUGAAGAAAUUUUGUCCCUGGCUUGGAGAAUCCUGACAGGGCAUUGGAAAUAAGUAUAAAAGUAGAGAAAUCAAAGCUUUUACAGGGUGAAUGGCUCAGUUUGGAAGAGUGAGUCUGAAAAAAAAAAAUCUAAGCAAGCAUCCCACCUGUGAAGUCUUCCAAAGCUAAAGGAGGAGACAGGGAGAGACUCCUUUUUUGGGGGGUCAGCGGGGGUUAGGCUGAGGUGGGGGGAGCAGUGAUGGCUGCCUUGCUCUGCAUCCCAAUGUGAGGUCUAGGGGAUGGAGGAGUUGGAAAGUGGCCUUUUGGCUCCUCCUGGGUGGGUACAGUCAUGCUGGGUUCUUGACUGCCAACUCUUCCCCCUUAUGCCCAUUUCUCAGACUGGCAUGACUGUUUUCAGGGAGCACCAACUUCAGCCCUAAACUUGAGCCGUGGACCUCUCCUUCCCGACUCUAAAGGUUGAAUUUAAACACUCUAGUCUGAUCUCCAUCCUAGGUGCUCGGUGGGGAUUAGCUGCGGUGUCAAAUCUAAUGCUGUGUUAAGGGAAAAGGUGGGAGAGAGAGGGGCUUUACAUUCAAUUGGUUGUCUGUUUACUGACCGAAGCAUUUGCCUGUCAUUUUUGUGUGAGGAAGUGAAUGGGAGUGGGUGUGUUCCUGGUCUCUGCAGUAAGGUUUUGCCUUUAUCCUGCUGUCUUGUUUGCUAAUAAAGUAGAGUGAAUAUUGUCCCCA